CAGGCGCUAAAUCUGUUGUCUGUAGCCUCCAUACUUUGAUAAAUAUGGUUGUGACAACUCGCUUAGACUAAGUUUAAGUUUGGUGUAUUCAAAUGCAAAAUAAUCCAGAGACGAGAUAGACCAGGCCGACCUAGCGCGAGCCCCCGUGCAGUUGUCACAUCUCGCGUGGCGGGUCAUGCUAAGAAAACGCUUUACUUUGCUAACUGAGCUCUGCACCGCUAACCAUCUGACGUUAGCAUUUUUUUUGCGAUUCUAUCAUGACAAGUCUUCCACAAAACAACUUAAAAGAACAGCUGGCGAGACACAGCAAUGCUGCUCAAAGCAAGGUGUCUCUGGCGAAGCCCAAAACGGGGGCUUUUUCUUUCAAAAAGAAGACCUCAGCAGGUACCACCAAAGUUGAAAUCCCGACCAAGGUAAUCAGCACUAAUCCUUUGGCAAACAGGAAUAUCAAUGUCCCUAAGAACAGUUUGGUGACUAAAUCUACUCUGACAUUUUCAAACAAGCUUGAUGGUCCUCAAAAAUCCAAAAACAACAGCUUCUUUCCUGUAAGCUCAAAAGGCAAGUCAGACUCCAGCUCAGACGGGAACUGUUCUGCUGGGCAGGCUCCUUCAGCACUGUCCGCUAUUAAGGUGACACCGACUCUAACUAAAUCUGACAACCAGUCUGCUCGUGGCACACGUGAAAGCUCCUUAAGUGGGGAUGCAUCUCUUGGAAUCAUGAUGGAUGACUGGGAUGAUUUUGAUGAUUUUGAAACUCCAAACAAAGGAAAAAAUGACUCAUUUGGCUCAGGACUAUCAGGCAAGAGCAAAAACCCAUCGUUAUCCCUUAGUGAAGAAAAGAAGCAGGACAGUUGUGAAAACAAGAGUGGCCCUUUCAGAAGGGAGAAAUCUGGUUUAAAAAAGGAUAAGCAUGAGGACAUUCACAGCAAAGCCACACUGUCACCAGGACCUGGUAUGAAUCCAGACCCAGAUGGGUCUGAAGUUGAGGAUUCUCCAGUUAAAAUGACCAGAAGACGCCUUCCUCCUCCUCCUGUGUUGUCUGUCCUGAGUGAUAGUGAAGAGGAAGAUUAUGUUGUGUUGGAGCCCUCUAAAUUAAAUACAGAAAAGAAAACCCUGGUUGACCCAAAGGUAAUAGAGCUCAACAACUCAGAACCAGAAGAGGAACUUGAUUACAUUCCCCCAUCUCCCAUCCCGGAUGAGAUUUCUUACACUUCUGCUUCUGCUUUGGAGAAAAGACCUUCCUCAGCUGACACUCAGAGCAGAGAGACUGUUGUCCACUCUGAGAAGCCCAUAUUAACACGUGAUCCACCCCCUAAUAACCAAUCAAAAGACAAAACAGAUGAUCAGCUCUUCAGUAUCAUGGAGUCCAUUUGUGCUUUGGUUGAUUCAGUCCCUGAACAUGAACUAAUAGCUUUGUCUUGUGGAAAUGAGCUUCUAUUGAAGAGGGCUCAGAGGAAGAGGGUUCUUGCAACUGGUGGGGACAGUUUAUUAAGGAUGCAGCAGCCAGACAGCACUGUGAUGUCUGAGCCCAUGAAAGAAAAAUCUUUUAGUUGUGAAACAACUGACAGGUCAGCCAGCAGCUUUGCACCCAUGGACUCUAAGAAGGCUCCUCAGAUCCGGAGGUCUUCAGUGAUAUCUGUGGACUACAACUCUGAUCAGUCUGACAGUAUCAUUAAUGUAAAACCUGCGAAAAAAACAGACAGCAGGCAUCUAUAUGUGAACAUUGAUAGUGUCUGUGACUCUCCAUUAACCCACAGCCUUACAAAUCCAUCUUUGAAUUUCACUGAGAAAACACAUACGUCCCUCGAUGAUUCAGAUCUGUUCUUCUCAGCCAAGAAACCAGAGCCUGUCAUUCAGAGAAAACCUAGAACCCAGGCAAACAUUUUAGCAACAGAAGACGUAGAACGUGAUGACUUUUACGAUGACGACUUUGACAUAGAUGACUUUAAUGACUCUGACAUCCCAGAUUAUUUUGAUGAACCCCAAACCUUGACCACAACUGUGAGAGAGGGGGGACCAAGCAAAUCUACAUGGGAAAGAAAACCAACAACACCUGUGUCUGCACCAAAGCCUGCAAAUGUCUGCUCUCCAGAACCAACCUUCAGAAACCCGGCUCAUGAUCGAUUCAGAGGUUUCAACUUCCCCUACUCCCAGGAAAUGAUGAAGAUUUUUCACAAACGUUUUGGUCUUCAUCAGUUUAGGUUUAAUCAGCUAGAAGCAAUUAAUGCAACACUACAAGGAGAAGACACGUUUGUUUUGAUGCCCACAGGUGGUGGCAAGAGUCUGUGCUACCAGCUGCCUGCCUGCGUGUCACAAGGAGUCACUGUGGUCAUCUCCCCACUCAAAUCCCUCAUCGUGGACCAGGUCCAGAAACUUACCACACUGGAUAUCCCUGCAACAAGUCUGUCUGGUGAUAAAAGUGACAGUGAGGCAAGCAGGAUCUACAUGCAGCUCUCCAGGAAAGACCCCAUCAUUAAACUGCUCUACAUUACUCCUGAAAAGGUAACUGCCAGUAACAGAUUGGUCUCCGCCCUGCAGAACCUCUUUGAAAGAGGCCUUCUGUCUCGGUUCGUCAUAGAUGAGGCCCAUUGUGUCAGUCAGUGGGGCCAUGAUUUCCGACCAGACUACAAGAGGUUGCAUGAACUUCGCCAGAAGUUCCCCAGAGUGCCAAUGAUGGCUCUGACAGCCACCGCCACUCCUCGAGUUCAGAAAGACAUCCUCAACCAGCUGAACAUGACUAAACCACAGGUGUUUACCAUGAGCUUCAACAGAACAAACUUGAAGUACGCUGUGCUGCCAAAGAAACCAAAAAAGGUUGACGAAGACUGCAUCAACUGGAUCAAAAAGCACUACCCACGUGACUCUGGUAUUGUAUACUGCCUGUCCCGUAACGACUGUGAUGCCAUGGCUGAGAGUCUGCAGAGAUCAGGGAUUUUAGCUCUGUCAUAUCAUGCAGGCCUGAGUGAUGGUGACAGAGAAUACGUGCAGACUAAAUGGAUCAAUCAGGAUGGCUGCCAGGUGAUCUGUGCCACCAUUGCCUUCGGCAUGGGCAUUGAUAAGCCUGAUGUGCGCUAUGUGAUCCAUGCCAGUCUGCCCAAGUCAGUAGAGGGGUACUACCAGGAGUCUGGUCGAGCUGGCAGAGAUGGAGAGAUCUCUCACUGUAUUCUCUUCUACUCUUACACUGAUGUCCAUCGCAUCAAAAGGAUUAUCAGCAUGGACAGAGAGGGUGACAGACAUGCCAAGGCAACACAUUUCAACAACCUUCACAGCAUGGUGCACUUCUGUGAGAACUUGAUGGAGUGCAGGAGAAUUCAGCUGCUGGCGUACUUUGGGGAGCUGAAAUUCAACAAAAACUUCUGUAAGGAACACCCAGACGUUACCUGUGACAACUGUGCCAAACCCACUCAAUACAAAAUGAGAAAUGUUACUGAGGACGUGAAGAAGAUUGUGAGGUUUGUUCAGGAGAACUGUGAGAAAGUUGGAGCGCGGUUUGGAAAGACAGCUCAGCAAAAUCGACUGACACUGAAUAUGCUGGUGGACAUCUUUAUCGGAUCCAAAGCUGCCAAGGUACAGACAGGAAUGUUUGGGAUGGGAGGAGCUUACUCCAGGCAUAAUGCUGAUCGUCUCUUCAAGAAACUUGUCCUGGACAAAAUCCUGGAGGAGGACCUCUACAUCACCAACAAUGGCCAAGCUGUGUCUUAUAUCUCUGCUGGACCAAAAGCCAUAAAUGUUGUUUCAGGAAGCAUGCAGGUGGAGUUCUAUGAGACGGAGAGUGCGUCCAGCAUCAGGAAACAUAAAGCUGCUGUUAACAAGAACGUCUCACAGAGAGAGGAGAAGGUUCAGGAGUGUCUGAAGGAGCUGACGGAUCUGUGCAAGCAGCUGGGAAAAGCAUUUGGCGUCCACUAUUUCAACAUCUUCUCCACUAAUUCUCUGAAAAAGAUAGCUGAGAAGCUCUCCUCUGAUCCUGAAGUCCUCCUUACAAUCGAUGGUGUGACGGAAGACAAACUGGACAAGUACGGAGCUGAAAUCAUGCAGGUCCUACAGAAAUACGCAGAGUGGCAGCUGCCUGCAGAGGAGCCAGCUAACAGCGCUGCAGACAGUUGGAUAGACACGACACGAGGCCGCACCGUUGUGGAUUAUGAUGAUGACGAUGAUGACACAGAGUCCUCCAGCUACUUCCGUAACCAGGCCCAACAGGGACAAAAGAGGAAGAAAGCUCCGUUCUUCAAGUACUCAAAGAAGAAAAAAUCAUACGGCAACACAAGUGUCAACUCCAAAGGUCGUGGCUACAGUGGCAACAAAUCUUGGUCAUCGUCUAGCUCCAGAGGAGGAUCAAAAGCUGCAGGCCGGGGGUCCAGGAGUUCAGCAGGAGAGUCAUCAGCAGGCAGGAGACCAGGAAUCUUGUCCGCCCCCACCCCUCAGAGUAACUACAGACCCUUCUUGAAACCGAGCUUCUCUCACUUGAGCUAGAGACGACUUCUGGGUCUGACCUCUGAAGAUGGAAAACUACUUUUUCACUACAUUUUUAGAUCUGGUCUUUGUAGAUAUUAACCUUACACAUCCCAGCAGUUAAACUGCAUUCUGCACAGUUCAUUUUAUAUCUGUCCAUACUGUUGUAAAAUUAUUUUUUCAAUGUCAAUU